AUGGAGCAUCCGUCGGCGAAGACGAGACCGAACACAACACGUGUUCCUGCGAUCCCAACGACACACCUCUACCUGAGCGAAGAGUCCAUCUCUUAUGACCGCCAGUUUCUCCAAGGUGUGCUCCGACAACUACUGUGCGGCCCUUACACCGAUCGCGAAGGCGAGAAUCUCGCUCAUUGGAAGACUGGGAUCGAUAUGCUGCGAGCAGUACUUCCAGCUCUACAAAGCUUUGCAUCAGAUCAGCCACAUGACAUCGGCGAGAAACCGGCUUCCCUAGAUAGCGCCUCGAACCUCUCUCGCAACCAUUGGGUUUCCACCUCUGCUCAAGAACUCGGUACUUUCCUCAAACAAGGUCGUGCUCUGAACGCGCAUACACCGACUUUGCGGAUCUCCAAUACCUUUGAACGUUUCCAAGAUGCUGAAGCAGCUUUCCUUCGCUUCGCACAGCACCGCGAAGUGAGUUUGAUGUACCAGAAUUGGCAGAUUCUUGGCGGUAGUACCCCAGAGAUGACCGCUCAAGACUUUUGCAAGCGAUACGAAGAUCGCAUGUCAAAGGAGAAGCGCGCGACCUCCGACGAGUUUAGAAACUUUUUGAGCAUCUCCGGAGCAGCUCUGGAGCACGUCGUACCAGGGCCAGACUUUCUUCGGGACCUUGGAUACAGCUUGCUCAAUGAUCUCAAGGUUCAGGUUCAUCUCGACGAACAAUCUCAGUUUGGACCACCCGGAGGCAAAGAGACAAAGACGCGAACAAUCGACUGCGAGGCCUGCCUUCAGUUCGUGUUGUAUGGAGAGCGGUUUUCAUUCUCUGGGUGGCACCUGGAUGUACUAAAUGGAACGUGGCUGACAACCAUCACCGGCUUCCGUGCCUGGUUCAUAUAUACUGGACUAUGGACCGAGAAGGAAUAG